GAGAUCAUUGCUAUAUCAGCAAAACAUUUGACACCGUCCUUACUAGAGUGAUACAAAUGUACAAAGAUACUGUUGAUUAAAGAAAACAGAAUGUCGAAAGAAACAAACCAAGCAACACUACGUUUCAAAGACAAGGUAGCCAUAGUAACGGGUGGAGUACAAGGCAUCGGUCGAGGAUGUGUGGACGUGUUUGUUGAACAUGGAGGAAAGGUUGUUGUUUUCGACAUUAAAGAUGAUGUUGGAAAGGCGAUGCAGUCAAAUGGACCAGGGGAGAUUAUAUAUUUUCACUGUGACGUGAGAAAAGAAGAAGAUGUUAAGACCUGCAUAGAAGAAACAGUUAAAAGGCUAGGUAAAAUUGACUGCCUUGUGAACAACGUCGGCUGUUAUAACGGACCAAAAAGUAUAGACGAAUACACUGUACAGGACUUUCGAGAUUUGCUGGAUGAUAACCUCAUAAGUAACUUUACUGCAAGCAAGUAUGCCCUGCCACAUAUUAGGAAAACAAAUGGGAGCAUCGUAAACAUAUCCAGUAUAAGUGCCAAUGCUGCCUUCAAGAAUUCAACCAUUUACUGUGCCACAAAGGGAGGUGUCAAAUCAUUGACGAAAGCACUGGCUAUCGACGAGGCAAAGUAUGGCGUGAGGGUGAACUCCAUAGCCCCUGGAUGCAUUGAGUCGCCUCUCCUGAGACAGACAAUGCCAACAGAGAAAAUGGAAACCCUUGAAAGUUGUCAUACAAUGCAAAGGACAGGUCAGCCACGAGAGAUUGGACUUGCGUGUCUUUUCUUGGCAGUUGACGCGACAUUCACCACGGGAGAGGAACUCAUGUGUACAGGAGGUUCCGAAAUAGGCUACGGCGUUAAAAAUACAGGUCUUAUGGUGUGAAUUUGUACUACAAAGCUGCAGCCAAUGCUUGAAAUAUGUUCAGCAGUUCCUUGUUUAAAAUCCAUGAACUUCCAAUUGUACAACAUUGAACAUGUAGUCACAUUGUGAAAUUAUUAGCAUUAGUAUCUGUAUCAUUCUUCGUAAUAAUAAUUCAGGGAAAUAGUUUCAGUUUGAUAUAGAUGGACACUGUAUAUAUUUACAUUGUGUCUCUUGUGCCAUCCAGGUUGAGUUCCUUUAGGAUACAUGGUCAUAUUUGAUUAUACAUGACGCGAUUACAUGUAUACAUGUUUCUGUAUAUUU